UAAGAGCUUUUCUUUAGUCUCUCUUAAGUCACAACUAGUUUUGUUUCUCUCCAAGUUUCUUCUAUUUUUGGUUCAAUAAGCGAAACAUGGCGAUAGAGAAAGAAGAGUGGUGGUCUCGUUCGAACGACGAACUCUCUCUCGUUUUCCAGAAAUUCAUAUCCGUGGGAUCACCAUCUUCUACUGAUGCAAUCAUCACCAUGAACGACGACGAGGAUGAAACCCUAGUGUCUAAAAUAAAGAAGACAAGCGAUUCUAACUCGUUGCUACCUUCUACUAAUGCAGUCAUCAUCAUCGACGAUGACGAUGACGAAGAGGAAACCCUAGAUUCUAAGAAGAAUAAGAAGCGAAACCACCUCGACUCUACCCUAGAGCCUACAAAGAAGAAGCCAAGAUUGGGGUCUUGGUGGGACGACGUUGAUGCCUUCGACCAAUUAAGUUGCGUGGUCAAGGGGUUACCAACUGUGCAAUCAUGCUUUUCUUCAACUAAUCUUCCCGAGACGAAGACGAAGGAGGAUAAGAAGAGAUCCUUGUCUUCAAGUCAUCAUGAGAAUUUGCUUGGUUACACUGAUAGUAACAACAAGGAAUAUCAAGAUUGCUUAGGAUACGGCCACGUGUCGCUUCCAAGUCUUGGCGGCUACGUAACUCCUGCGGAUUCCUGCUUUCCUUCUUUGUCUACUGGUCUUCGAGAGACGAACAAGGAUUACGAAAGUCAAUUAUCAUCAUCAAACCACCAUGGUGAUGAUUUCAUUGAUCUUGGAGAGGACAAGAAUGUCGGUGAGAGUGCUAACAGCAGUAAUAAGAGUAUUCGGCACGUGACACUUGAGGAGUUGGGUGUUUCGGUGGAAGAUCUCAAGAGUAUACCAUGGGAAGCGUUCGAUCCGACAUGGGAGAUUAGGUCAGUGACCAUGGAUCCUUGGCUUGGUGGCUACGUCAGUGACAUGCUCUCUGCUCAUAAUUCACACGCUUAAUUGUUCCUUCUUUUUCUUUUAAGUUUCUUCUUAAUUUGCUUAUAUGUAAAACCAACGAUCAAUGUGAUUCAUCAUG